AUGUCUAAAUUGUCUCAAUUGUUGCCAUCAUUUCAUUUGGUUCUCAUUCUCUCCAAGAGUUCUCACAUUCAAGAGUUGUCUUUAGAUGACUGCCAACAAAGACUAUUGGAUGCAACCAUUGACCACAAACUGAUGGACAAAUAUCCGAUCGUUAGUUUACAAGAAUCAGACAAUUUGGUGAUCGACGGGACCACCGGUUUGAGGAGUUGGUCGGCGGCCAGACAUUUGGCCGCAUUUAUUGAAUGCAACAAACAUUAUGUCCACAAUAAAUAUGUCUUAGAAUUGGGAUCUGGUAUUGGAUUGACUGGUGUCUGCAUUCUUAAGACCUGUUCCCCCGAUGUGUUGGCAUUCAGUGAUCACCAUUCAGUUGUCUUACGAGUUCUUCGCAAUAACAUCGAUACCAAUAAUGUUGGCCUCAAUAGUGUUGUCCAUAAUAUCGAUUGGAAUGAUAUGAAAAGUGUGGACAACUAUUUAGGAGACAACGAUCCCGAUGUGAUCAUUGCCGCGGAUGUGGUCUUUGAUCCCAAAGUGACC